AUGUCAGACGAUAGCCUUACAGAUGACUCCGAAGAGUUAAUUCAAAUAAAACAUGAGGUGAAACCAUCUUUUCAAUCGACAUUUACACCUUCAUCUGAUUCAUGGGUUGAUAAAUAUUCACCAAAAUCGGUAAAUGAUAUAUGUAUACACCCUAGAAAGCUAGCAGAUGUAAGGAAAGUCCUACUGACAAUGAUAGAGGAGAAUGGAACCAACAGAUGUCCCCGAUUACUCGUCCUCUAUGGCCCAUCUGGAUCUUCCAAAUCCACCACUGUAAAAUUACUUGUCAAUGAAUUGAUCAAUCAUCAGUCCAAUUCACUGUCAUAUAUUGAGUAUCAUGAUCCAACUCAGUUCCCAGAAUUCUUGAAUGAUGCCAAAUACAAAACUGGGGUGAACCUUAGCGCAGUUAUCGUGGAAGAAUAUCCCAAUGUAUUCCACGAGGAGACUCAUCGGAGGUUUCAAGAUGCCAUUUAUGAAUGGAUCCAUACUGAAGAUCAAUCACUCCCACCUCUUGUGAUAUGUGUCACAGAAGUGGAGAUGAAAGAUGAUGAACAUGGGCUUGAGUUUUUCAAUAUCCAUAAUAAUCUUGUAGUUGAUACACUUUUAGGUAAGAGGAUCUCCAACAAUGAAAAUGUCACAACCAUCAAGUUCAAUCCUAUAGCCAUGACAUAUAUCAAAAAGACUUUAACUCUGAUAAUCAGACAUGAGCUGAAGGUGUUCAACAAAAUCCCCAAGCUGGAAGUGGGUCAAUUUAUUGGGAACAUCAGUAAAUGUGGGGAUAUAAGGUCAGCCAUUUCCAACUUGGAAUUCUGGGCUACUUAUCGAGCUAAACAUGGGAUGGAGGCCAAUGAGCUGAUAUUGCAGCUCAGUUCUGGUAAAGAGGUGCAAAUAAACUUAUUCCACGCAAUUGGGAAAAUAGUUUAUGGUAGUGAGAGUAAUGUGGACGACGAAGAAUUUAGUGCCGAUUAUAAAACCGUGGAAGAUGUGUUGCAUAAUUAUGGAUCCAAUAGUUUAUUCCAAUUAUCAUUACUUGAAAAUUAUGGGGUAUUUAAUGGGGGGAAUUUUGGGAUAGAUCAUGCCAGUAAAAUCAUCGACAAUCUUAGUAUUGGGGAUGUAUUGUUUCGAGGAGGAGUGAUCGAGGGAAGAGAUAUAGGGAUUAGAGGUACCAGAACGAAUUUGCGCAAUUUGGGGCAACAUCAUCACCAGCCUCAAGGGAAGAGAGGCCGUGGUGGGGGAGGUGGUGGAGGGCUGUCGGUGAAAUUCCCAAGCCAUUUUAGAAUUAUUCGAGAAUAUAAUCGGAUAAAUUCAGAGGUAAGAGAGUAUCAACGGUAUGUCAAGCUGAGUGUGUCAUUCCAUGAUUUGAACCAAAUUCAUGGGUUUUAUGAGCCUCGAAUUUAUAAUUCAACAAGGUAUAAAAUGAUCCACAAUCCAAACAAGAGGCUCAAUUAUGGAAGAUUAGGAGGGUCAUUUAAACAAAUCCUUCCCAGCGAAGAACUCCCUAUUUUGGAUAACGAAGAGAUGUCAAGGGUACACGAUCAAUAUAGAGAAGAUAUCCAACAAAUGCAAAUGAAGGAAGACAGUGAUGAUGAAGGUGAGUUGAGCGAUCCAAUAGAAGAUUCCGAGAUUGACUCAGAUGAUGAUGAAGGAGUAUUUGACGAUUCAAUUGCCAAUGAAGAUCUCGACAAGAUAUUGUCACAAAAAAGUCAAUUUGACGUUGUUAAUAGUGAUGACGAUUUCCUGUCGGAUGACGAGUUGGAGGACCUCAUAAAGAGAAGAAAGCUUUAA